ACAGGGGCGCGUUGCUCUGUUGUGCUCGCAGUCUUUCCGCGUAUGAGCGGUGUUACCCAGUGACUCAGUCUGUGCGAUUUUCCCGGGAGCGGACGGCAGCGGUCCUUGAAUGACGGUCAGAGAGGGGCUCCACCUCCAACUACCUCAGAACCCCAGUUACCCCAGUGCGUGUUGCUGGAACGCCGCGUUUGCAAGAAACGGGGGUAAUCGAUACCGUGACGAGUUGGAACUCGUCAGGAAGCGGGGCGGAGCUGGAGCCGCCGAGGCCGCUCCGACUCUCUCGGCUUUUAAAGCGGACGGCACCGAUCUCGCCGCAGGAUUUCACGGGACGAGUGACCGAUUGCUGAACGAGCGCUGGGUGACUAAUCACGGGGAAGGUAAAGGCGUAGGAGGACCAAGUCGGUAGUCCGGGCCGGGAGCGUGAUCUCGAAUGGAAGUUCCAGAGAGGAGCUAAGGCGGGCCUCUGCGUUUGCGAUCGGGAGGGAACAACCGAGCCGGAAUGGGGGCGAAUCAGGACAAGGCUCCCGGGCCGGCUAGCCCUGCGGCCGGGCACGCCGCUCAAUUUUCACAAAACCGUCCCGGUGACCAAGUGCGCGUUCCGGGACCUGCCCCACGGCGCGGUGAUUGUUAUUACUUGGGGGCCAGCACCAGAGACUUUGUUCAAGGCCCUGCGACAAGGGAGCGCCAACAAUCUCCGGCAACAACUGCUCCUCGAGAACUCACUCCUCUUACCGGCAGCCUUACCAGGAGCAGCUCUCAAAACUCUGUCCACGGUGCAGUCCGAAGCUCUGCAGUCGCUGCCCUUAUGGCGAAUUGGGACGACUUCAGGUUGUUCCAGCUGACAACGACUUACCGGGAUCGGCUGCAGCACGCGGUGGAAGGAGCGGUGCAUGAGGUCAGCUUGGCACUAAUGAGCGAGGACCAGUUCACUGCGCUCGAGCAGCAGACAGUUGCCGACCUCUCGGGAAAGGGCUACAGAGCGGAGAGCUCGGAGCUGCUCCUCAACCUGGUCAUGGAGAAGGGGUCCCAGGCCCGGAGGGUGAUGUGGGCGUGCUUCCCGAAGCUCUGGAACCGGGAUCCAAAGUUGGUGAAAAUACUGGAAGAAAUAUGUGAACCGGGUCCCAUACCUUAUGCCGACUGGGAUUUGGCCAAGGGGACGCUGGACUUCCCCACUGAGCUCACAGGCGCAGUGCAGAGGCACAGAGAGACGCUCCGAGCGGCGAACGCGAGGGUGGACGCCACCGUCGUCCUCCGGAACGGCAGCGUGAAGGUCCUCCAGCUGGCCGGCCGGUUCGCCGAGCUCGCGGUCGCCUCCACGCCGCGGCACCGGCGGCUCGCCGAGCACGAGCUCCUGGCGGGGGGGCGGGAGCUCGAGCAGCUGGCCGACGGGCCGAGCCCCGGGGAGCUGCGGAAGAUCCGGGCGGACCAGCUGUUCACGAGCGGCGACCCCCUCGGCAGCUCCCAGCCCGGCAGGUCGGCGGCGCUGGCCGGAGUCUCCGGCAUCGGGAAGACCACGGUGGUGCGGAAGUUUGUCUUGGACUGGGCGUCGGGGAGAAUGUGCCAGCACUUCCAGUUCGUCUUCAGUUUCAAAUUCCAGGACUUAAAUUCAAUUAACUGCGCCAUAUCCCUGCGGGACCUGCUGCUGGAUCAUUAUCCGUACUUGCGGAAUGUCCUGGCGGUACUCUGGAGGAACGCGGCGAGGCUGCUGUUUAUAUUUGACGGCCUGGAUGAAUUCAAGGACGGAAUCGCUUUCCCCGACAGUCAGGGGGGUGCAGAACCUCCGCACGAAUGCACAGAUCCCGACUUCCGGUGCAAGGUGUCGGACAUUGUGUCCGGUUUAAUCCGGCGCAAGCUGCUCCCGGGGUGUUCGGUGCUGGUGACCUCCCGCCCCUCCGCCUUACGUUCACUGGAAAGGGCGGGCAUCAGCGUCUGGGCUGAAAUCCUGGGCUUUGUCGGUGAGGAGCGGAAGGAGUAUCUGGCGAGGCAUUUUGAAGAUCAGGCGGUGGCGGCAGCCGUGCUCAAACACGUGCAGGAGAACGAGGUCCUGUACACCAUGAGCUACAACCCCUCCUACUGUACGAUCCUCGCUCUGGCACUGGGCCCCUUCUUCGCACGACCAGACGGGGACCCGCAGAGCGUUCCCAAGACCGUCACCCAGCUGUACUCCCGCUACCUUUACGACGUGCUGAAAAGGCACGGCCGGGAGACGGAGAGCCCCCGCGAUGUGCUGCUGCGGGCGGGCCAGAUGGCCUUCAGAGGACUGGCCGAGGGGAACUUUGUUUUCACGGAGGAGGAUCUGUUCAGGCACAGCCUGCAGUUCUCCCAGUUCCUGUCCGGCUUCCUGAAGGAGCUGCUGGGGAGGGGGGGCGCCCGCGACGCGGUGCACGCGUUCCCCCACCUGACCGUCCAGGAGUUUGUGGCCGCCCUGGCGCAGUUCCUCACCUCGGACCCCGUCGCCCUGCUGGAGCACCUGGCCGAAGCCCAGGGCGCGGCGGACGGGCGGUACGAGAUGUUCCUCCGCUUCCUGGCCGGACUCGCCUCCGCCGGGCCGGCGGGCCCCCUGCUGGAGCUCCUGGGCGCCUUCCCCAACCAGGCGACCUCCCAGGUGGCGGACUGGGUGAGGGAGGAGGCGGCCCGCCGGGUGGCCGGGGACGGCAAAGGGUGCCUGCUGAGGGCGUUGCACUACCUGUUCGAGUCGCAGGACGGCCGGCUGGCCCAGGGCGCCCUGGGCUCCGCGGAGGCGCUCUCGCUUCGAAGGCAGCGGCUGACGCGCAGCGACUGCGCCGUGCUGUCCCACGCCGUCGGCCACUGCGAGGCCGUGAAGCACCUGGACCUUCGGAGCUGCGGCCUCCGGUGCGAGACGCUCGAUCUACUGGCGCCCGGGCUGCACCGAUGUCAGGAGCUGGGGCUCGGGAACAAUCACCUGGGAGACUCAGGAAUGAAGCUUGUGGCUGCGGCCCUGAGCAACGCGGACUGUAAGAUACAGAAACUGCGGUAAGUGCCGCACGGUGAGGGAUCGGGACACUCGGAAGCCCUCCGCCAGGGCCUGAGCCGCUGUCACUGGCAUCGGACCCUGCCGCGUUCUCCCCCGCAGAAAAUGGUAAAGUCUGCUCCCCGCAACUGGGUCCACAAAGACUGCACAGGGGUUUGAGGUACAAAGUCCUGCCCGCCGCCCCCCAAAGAAAGGGAAAAGGUCAGGCAAUUGAUGCGCCAUCAGUAACUCUCCGAGACAUGAGGCGAGAUAUCGGCUUUUAUUGACUGGAAGAAGGAACAAGCAGCAAUUGACCACCAUGCUACAUCCUGGAGACUGAGAGACAGGGCUCAGGCCCCAAUCGCCUUUAUACCGGGGUCUGUGGGAGGAGCCACGGUCAGUGGGAGGAGCCAUGGUCAGUGGGAGGAGCCACAGGAGCAGUCAGCGGAGGAGGGGCGUGCCCAGACAGGUACACGUAGUUCACCACAGCAACACUGGACGAGAGUGACGAAUGCGUGCAUUCCAGUCUGCCGACCCUCUGUCUGCGGAGGCCUUCUCCGUCUGGAGCUCUGGCUCUUGCGUCUCUGCCCGCAGACGCUGCCUGGAGAGCCUCCGAGGACUUGUGAAGUGCUGCCCUGUUAGCGGCGGUCAACCUGAAGUAACGAGACAAGUACCGCAGAUGGUUCUUCUCGACUUUUAUUCGUAGCAAGCUGCGGGAGAGAAUCUUCUGUCUGUGUUCAGAGCGAGUCAGACGCGGAAGCCUCUCUCUCGAAGCACAGAGUUUUUUAUACUAUCUUUGACCCAAAAGCUUAGCAACAGUGAUAGUCCGCGACAAAGGCCACUUGUAGACAGCAGACAAUAGGUGCGGGAGUA